AUGAACCGUUUUGUCCGACCCUCGAAAUAUCGCCACGUUUUUGGCACUGGUGCUAAGCGAGAGUUUUGCUAUGACAACGUUCGAGUCAGCUUGAACGCUUGGGACACCAACAUGGUCCAAGUUAACCCGCUCUUCGUCUCUAUGAACUGGCAGUCGUCGGGUGGCGGUGCGUUUGCGGUCAUUCCAUUAUCUCAAGUGGGCAAACUUCCUGAAAACUACCCUCUUUACCGAGGUCACACUGCCCCUGUCCUGGAUACUGAUUUCAAUCCAUUCAACGACUAUGUCAUUGCAUCCGGUGCAGAAGAUGGCAAGGUGAUGCUGUGGACUAUUCCCGAGCAGUAUGAUGAAGAUCUCGAAGAAGUCACACCCGUUUUGAAGCUUUCAGGACAUGGCCGUAAAGUAGGCCAAGUGCUGUUUCACCCUACAGCUAGUAACGUCUUGGCAUCCGCCAGUACAGAUCUGACCAUCAAGCUUUGGGAUGUCGAAAAGGGCCAAGAGAAGCAAGAAAUUACCGGACAUACUGAAAUUAUCCAGUCGUUGUCUUAUAACCACAACGGUUCCCUCUUGGCAACUACUUGUCGUGACAAGCGACUUCGUAUUUUUGAUUUGCGUAGCAACCAGGUUGUCCAGGAAGGCGCAGGCCACCAAGGCAUCAAAGGUUCGCGUGUUGUGUGGCUCGGCGAUUCGGACCGUCUCGCCACCACUGGCUUUUCCAAGAUGAGCGAUCGCCAGCUGAACUUGUGGAACACUGCCGAUCUCAGCAAGCCCAUAAAGUCCGAAUUCAUCGAUACUUCGUCCGGUGUUAUUAUGCCUUUCUAUGACAGUGAUACCAGUAUGUUGUAUCUGGCUGGCAAGGGUGACCGUACCAUCCGUUACUACGAAUUUGAGAAUGAUCAGCUUUUCCAUCUUAGUGACUAUAGAGAUGUUGAGGCACAAAAGGGUCUUGCAUUUAUGCCAAAGCGCGCUUUGAAUGUCAACGAGUGUGAAAUAGCCCGUGCUUACAAGAUCACAACCAACUUGAUCGAGCCCAUCUCUUUCAAGGUGCCGCGCAAGUCUGAUGCUUUCCAAUCCGACAUCUUCCCACCCGCUAUCGGUGAUGAGCCUGCUCUUACUGCAGAUGAAUGGUUCAGCGGUAAGAACGCUGAUCCCAAAAAGAUUGAUCUUUCCGAAGGUUAUGAAGUCAAAGAAAAACAAGAAUUCACCGUAUCGGCACAAGCUGAAGAGGCCAGUGAAGCUGCUGCCUCUCCAGCCCCACCGAAGAAUGAGAAAGAUUAUCAAGAAGCUUAUCAUGAACUGCGAAAAGAGAAUGACGAGCUCAAGAACGCUGUAUCUCAACGUGAUGUCAAGAUCCGCGUGUUGGAGAUUGAAGUAGAAAAGCUCAAGAAAGAGUUGACAGAAUUUCAAAGCAGCCCAGCAGCACCUGCACAGGAAGAAAAGAAAUCUGAUGCCUCCGAACCCAAUACCACAUCCACCCCCGAAACCCCUGCUGCAUCAGAAGCCGAAAGCAAGCCAGAAGCACCAACAGCAGCACCAGCAACAGCAGAAGAAGAAGGAUCCGAGAAGAAGGAUGAUUGA